AAUUGUAGGCAUCAUAUUUCAGCAUUUAUCUUCAUUUAAGACUUAGAACACAUAUAAGCAAGAAAAGAACAAGGGAUCCCAUCGCAGGCUGGGCAAGGGACUUGAAGAGAAACUUCUCUGAAGAAGAGAGGCGCGUGGCCUACAGACAUAUGAAAAAAUGCUCAUCAUCUUUAAUCAUCAGAGAAAUGCAGAUCUAAAAACUACUUUGAGAUAUCAUCUAACUCCAGUGAGACUAGCCUAUAUCACAAAAUCCCAAGACCAGAGAUGUUGACCUGCAUGUGGAGAAAAGGGAACACUUCUACACUGCUGGUGGGAAUGCAAACUAAUACAUUCCUUUAGGAAAGAUGUUUGGAGAACACUUACAGAUCUAAAAAGAGAUCUGCUAUUCAAUCCUAUAAUUCCUCUACUAGGUAUAUACUCAGAAGACUUAUACUAGAAUGUUUAUUGCAGCCCAAUUCAUAAUUGCUAAGUCAUGGAAAAAGCCCAGUGCCCAUCGAUCCACGAAUGGAUUAAUAAAUCGUGGUAUAUGUACACCAUGGAAUAUUAUGCAGCCUUUAAGAAAGAUGGAGACUUUACCUCUUUCAUGUUUACAUGGAUGGAGCUGGAACAUACUCUUCUUAGUAAAGGAUCUCAAGAAUGGAAGAAAAAGUAUCGCCUUCCCCCGCAGGUUCCCGCAAACAGGAAGCCGCUGACUGGAACAGAUGCCAUCCUGAUUGACUUCUAAAGAACUCAGUUACAGAAGAAUAAGCCCAGAAGAGGAAAGAAAAGGAUUCAGAAAUGGCUCUUACUCAGAACCCUUUGACAUUCAGAGAUGUGGCCAUAGAAUUCUCUCAGGAGGAGUGGACGUGCCUGGACCCUGCUCAGAGGGCUUUAUACAGGGACGUGAUGUUGGAGAACUAUAGGAACCUGGUCUCCCUGGGUAUCUCUUCUAUAUGUGUGAUAAAUGAAUUGCCACCUGAAGAGGAUGGUAGUAUAGAAGAAAUAUCCCCCACCAUGAUGUUGGAAAGGAAUGAAAACCAUGACAUUGAAGGCUUUUGCUUUAGGGAAAUCCAGAAGAAUAUUCAUAAGUUUAAGUGUCAGUGGAGAGAUGAUGAAAGACAUUGCAGUGGAGUCCGUAUGACCCGUCAAGGAAAUCUCACUGGAAAAAGAGAUCAACAUGAUUGGAGGGGUUCAGAAAACAAGCUUCUUAAUAAUCAGGUGGGAUUGAACACCCAAUCACAUCUAUCAGAACUGCAGCUAUUUAAGAUUAAAGAGAAAAUUUACGAAUGUCAUCCCAUGGAGCCAUCUGUCAACAGUGAUUUCUUGGUUUCCCCAUCCCACAGAAUUCCUUCUACUAUGAAACCCUACCUUUCUCAUGAACAUGAGUAUGAACUUAUGGAUUUAUUCCCACAAAGAAAGAAACCACAGAUAGUGACAGAACAUCACAAAUGUACGGCGUGGGAGAAGUCCUUUAAUGAAGGGUUGCAUAUCAAUAUUGAUCAAAUAAUGCAUGAGGAAGAGAAUCGAUUUAAAUGUGAUAUAUAUGCCAAGGUGUUCAACAAAAAAUCAAGCCUUGGAAGUCAUCAAAGAUUCCACACUGUAAAGAAAACUUACAAGUGUAAUGAAUGUGGCAAGGUCUUCAAUUACAUUUCACGGCUUGCACGGCAUCAGAAAAUCCACACUGGAGAGAAACCUUACAAAUGUAAUGAAUGUGGAAAGGUAUUCCGUGAAAGUUCAGCCCUUGCACAGCAUCAAAGAAUUCACACAGGUGAGAAACCUUACAAAUGUAAUGAAUGUGGAAAGCUAUUCCGCACAAGUUCAAUCCUUGGACGACAUUGGAGAAUUCACACUGGAGAGAAACCUUACAAAUGUAAAGAGUGUGGAAAGGUAUUCCGUGACUGUACGGGACUUGCACGACAUGCCAGAAUUCACACUGGAGAAAAACAUUACAAAUGUAACAAAUGUGGCAACAUGUUCAGUCAGAAGUCAUCCCUAGCACAUCACUGGAGGAUUCAUACUGGAGAGAAACCUUACAAAUGUAAUGAAUGUGGAAAGGUAUUUAAUCGUAGUUCACACCUUGCAAAACAUCAGAGAAUUCACACUGGAGAAAAACCUUACAAAUGUAAUGAAUGUGGCAAAAUGUUCAGUAGCAAGUCAUCCCUAGGAAAGCACUGGAGAAUUCAUGGUGAGAGAAAUCUUGCAAAUGUUAUGAAUGUGGAAAGGUCUUCAGUCGCAAUUCACGCCUUGCAUGACAUCUAAUAUAUUCAUACUGGUGAGAAACAUUAUAAAUGAAUAUGGCAGGGUGUUCAGGCAGAAUUCACCUUGCAAAUCAUUAGAGAAUUCAUACUGGAGAGAAACCUUACAGGAAUGAUGAAUAUGGCAAGAUCUUCAGUCAAAAUUCAUAUCUUAUGUAUAAUCGGAGAAUUCUUACUGGAGAGAAACCUUAUAAAUGUAAUGAAUGUGGAAAGGUUUUCAGUCCAAACUCAUGCUUAGCACAUCAUCAUUGGAGAGUUCCUACUACAAAGAAACCUUACACAUGUAACUCGAGUCUGGCCGUUAACUUUAGUGUUCUCCAUGACUAGAGAAACCUUUCAAAUAUAGUAGAUAAAACAUGCAUGGCAAGGUUUUCAGUGACAAUUCCUACCUUGAACAUCAUCAGAGAUUUCAUUCUGGAGAAACAACUUGUUAAUAGGACAAUGUGAUUAACGUAGAAAGGCAUUUUCUCAGAAUUAAAGCUUUGGAGUG